CCAGCGUUUGUGUAUUCAUGUGAUACAGAGACUGAGGCCAGUGCAUGCACAUCUUUAUCUCCAGCCAGGAAUGGAAGACUGUUCGGAUGACAUGGAUGGUCCUGUGGAAGACAUUGGCAGUCGCUCUUGUGUAACACGCUUUGUGAAGACGCUCUUGUCAAUUAUGGAGCAUGGUGUUAAGCCUCACAGUAAACAUCUCACAGAAUACUUUGCCUUUCUUUACGAAUUUGCCAAAAUGGGAGAAGAGGAAAGCCAGUUCUUGCUUUCACUGCAAGCCAUAUCUACAAUGGUCCAUUUCUACAUGGGAACUAAAGGACCCGAAAAUCCACAGGUUGAAGUACUUUCUGAGGAAGAAGGGGAGGAAGAGGAGGAAGAGGAAGAUAUACUUUCUUUAGCAGAAGAAAAAUAUAGGCCUGCUGCACUUGAAAAGAUGAUUGCCCUGAUUGCUCUUCUAGUUGAACAGUCUCGCUCAGAAAGGCAAGAGUUUCUGAAAAACCAAUGUAAAUUCUAAUCUAAGCUAGUUCAGAAAGAAAUUAGAGAUUUU